AUCUUCAUCUUUCUCUCGUCAAACUUAAAAUGAUUUUAUUUGUAUCUUUUUUGUUGCUCACAUUACUCAUCAUUUCAAAUGGACUGCAGUUGUCUCAUGAAAAGUCAAACUCGACUUUUUACGAUCGAAUCCGAUCUAAUGACAAUGAAUUUACUGAUCAAGUCUGCGGUCGUGAUACUAACCCAGGAAAAGUGCCAUUCUACGCUUCAAUAGAAUAUGAUGAUCCAACCGUGCAUUACACAAUGUGUAGUGGUGUUUUGAUUGCAGAUCGAUGGGUCUUGACUGACGGUUAUUGUAUAUCAUUUAUUUUUGGACCCAUACGAGUUGUUCUAGGUGACAAAUGGAACAACAAAACAAUUGGAGUGAAAGACAUUUACUUCCAUCCGGAUUGCAGUUUUCGGACAGGAGAAAAUAGUAUGGCCCUUCUAUUAUUGAAAGAACCAGUUCAGUUCAGUAGGAAUAUCCAACCAAUUUGUUUACCAGAGCCUGGAGAAGAUGCAACUCUUCAUGGUCGCUAUGGGAAAGUUGCUGGUUACGAAAAACUAACAAUUAUAGACGAGGAAAAACCUACAUUUACAAAAAUGCAUAUAACCACGUUGCCUAUCGACAGAUCUGAUGAUUGUGAUAAAUUUUUCAAAAAAGUCAUGCACAAAAAUAUCACUGAUUCCUUUUUUUGUGCUGGUUACCCGAAAAGACGAAAAGAGGGAUGUUUUCCUGAUCGUGGCGAUCCGUUCAUGGUCAAAGUUCGAAAACAUUGGGUAAUUGCUGGGCUCACAUUGGUUAACGAUUACUGUAAGAGGCCUCAUGCACUCGAUAUUUACAUUAGAGUUGGAUUUUACUUGGACUGGAUUAAAAGAACAAUAGAAAAAUAUAAUAGUUGAAAUGUAUUCCGAAAAGAAUUAAAUGUUCACCUGUUGUCUUUGGCGCAUUAAAUGUAAUUUUCAGAAAUUGUUUGAGUCUCCCAUCUUAAUAUGCAAUCAAAAGCUCUUUUUUUGGAGCUAGAUUUACAUGAAUUGGAAAUUCUUUGAAUCUGUUGUUCAUCUUUUUGAUGGAGGGAAACAGCAUCAAUAUGGUAUUUCAUUUUCAUCUUCAUACUCUUCUUCAAAACUAUUUCCAUCAUUAUCAAUAUAAUUUGAAUCAAUCAAAGGAUCAUUCAUCCGAAGUGAUAAAAAUAUGACUUUCAGAAACAAGAAAAUUCGUUUUGUCAGUUCUCAUCUUCAUCUCCAUCUUCAUUUCGUCUAACAUAAAAUUACUUGCUUAGCUACUUUCUUGCUUACAUUACCCAACAUUUCAAAUGGACUCCAGUAGUCUCAUGAAAAGUCACAAUCGACUUUGCAAUCUUAUGAAAAUCAAUUGACUGAUCAGGUCUGUGGUCGCGAUACCAUCCCAGGACAAGUGCCAUUCUACGCUUCAAUAGGAGUAGAUGAUCCAACUGGACAUUACACAAUGUGUAGUGGUGUUUUGAUUGCUGAUCGAUGGAUAUUGACUGAGGCUUAUUGUAUAGCAUCUAUUUGGGGACCCAUGCGAGUUAUUUUAGGUGACGAAUGGAACAACAAAACAAUUGGAGUGCAUGACAUUUACUCCCAUCCGGAUUUCAGACCUGGAAAACCUAUGAACAAUAUCGUCCUGGUAUUAUUGAAAGAACCAGUUCAGUUCAGUAGGAAUAUCCAACCAAUUUGUUUACCAGAGCCUGGAGAAGAUGAAACUUUUCAUGGUCGCUAUGCAACAGUUGCUGGCCGGCAAAAACUAAGUGAGUUAUUCAUUCCUUUACGUUUAUAACAAAAACAAU